AAAAACACAUAUGAUCGUAGCAAGCGCCUGCAUAACCAAGCGACCCUCCGUACGGGUUUCACGGCCAAGGAAUGGAUUCCCCCAGCGGAGAAAGAAAAGGACUCUUGAGUGGAAAAGAGAUGGUUAAGCAUCAUACCGAAAUCUAUGAAGUACAGGCGCAAUUUAAUCGGCUCGUCUCUCUGGAAGAGUUUGAUGAAACGCGCCAAGCAGAUCUAGAGCGAAUGAAAGACCAGUUCCGGUGCUUACUGUUGCAGGAAAGGGUGAAUAAAUCGGGCUGCAUCUCGGAAGGGGUUUGGGAAAACGAUCAACGCCGGAUCCGCAUUACGAAGCUAGAAGGCAAAUGGCAAUCGUUUGGAUAUGAAGACGCCACAGGAAAGUACGUGGACAGUCACGAAGGAUUGUUCCUCAUGGAAAUGAAUCGAUUGAUGGUCCGAUGGAACAGCAUGGUGGUGUCCAUCGAGCAGGGUUAUAGCUUGUUUCUUGGCCAUCCCGAAACACUCACGCUGGAAGAGUAUCAAAUCUAUUCCAUGCUAGUGCGGGCUAGCUAUUACGUGCUACGGUACGAUCCAGCGCGUAAGUAUUCCGCUGUGCAAUCGGAUGUACCGAGUGCCGAAGAACGAUGUGUGUGGAGAAAUCUGUUCGAAAUGCUGAAUCAAUCAAAUCCACGUGACGGUGGAACAAUUCCCAAAGAAGACUCGAAACUGUACGAAACGGUAAAGCGAUCGAUGAAAAAAUACUCUAAUAUUAUCAGAAAACCGCCAUCGCCAUCGUCCUACCAAGAGCAGUAUAGGGACGAACCGGCCAGUAAGAGACAAAGGUCAGAAAACACAGCGACGAAGAGAGAAAAUGAUGGAUUUAAACGAAUCGAACAAUUUCGCCGGAUGUUUGACCGGUUUGAUAUUGUGCGCAGUUUAAUCGAGGAAGGCCCAUCGGACAUUGUUGAGCCGGAAGGAGAAUGUAGUUUACGGCUCGCGUUUGAUCUGUUCGCCACCGAGUCUCAAACAUUCAAAAAGUCUCUUCCCCCUCUGCCGAUUGCUAGAAUUAUUGUGCGCAGAUCAUCUCAACCAAUGCCCCACUUUACCGAACUGCAAAGGUUGUUCGGGCAACAGAAGACACCAAUUCCGCUGAUGCUUAUGCUCGUGUCGGAAAGCUUGUCAGUGCACUGUUUUCUGUACGAUAUUCGAAAAGUUGCUCGAAAUAUCAUUGCCUUGCCGGAUGAGCAUUUAACGAGAUAAAAAACGAAAAAAGAACAAAAGUUUGUAUUAUAACGAAUUUAUAUAUAUUUCAGUGCCUUACAACUACACUA